AUGCCAACUAAUUUCCUGUUUCUUUUGAACAGUUUGACACUUGCAAUUCAUGUAUUAAUUAAAAUGGAAAAAAAUAGUGGUACUAGAGUAAGUGAGCUAUUUGGCAGUUUGGGUAGUUUAUUGAGAAGAUGCAUGUUUCGCAUUCUAUCCAUCGGUCCUAUUCCCAACCAUUUUGCAUUCAUAAUGGACGGAAAUAGAAGAUAUGCCAAAAAGCAACAAUUGGAAGAAGGUGCUGGUCACAGAGCAGGAUUUUCAGUUCUCAUGUCCAUGCUUAAAUACUGCUAUGAGUUGGGAGUAACUUAUGUUACUAUUUAUGCCUUCAGCAUUGAGAAUUUCAAAAGGCGGCCUGAUGAGGUUCAGAACCUGAUGGAUCUGAUUCUGGAAAAGAUUGAAGGGUUGCUCAACGAAGAAAGCAUUGUGAAUGAAUAUGGUAUCAGAGUAUACUUUAUUGGUAAUUUGAAACUUUUGAGUGAGCCUGUCUGGGUGGCAGCAGAGAAGGUUAUGAAGGCUACUGCUAACAACACCAAGUGUAUGCUUUUAAUCUGCAUAGCCUAUACAUCAUGUGAUGAGAUCGUGCAUGCUAUCCAUGAAUCCUGUAAAAAUAAGUGGGAGGAGAUUCAACCUUGUAACUCUCAUAAAGUGUGCAAUGGUGGGAUUGAAGUAGUAGAUGGCAAAAAGAUUGAUGAUGGUGUUUUGCAAAGUGUUCAAGAAUUGUGCAGAGUUGAAACAAAUGAAUUACAAGCAACGAGGGCAAGUACAGCCCGUAGUGGUGUGGCUGAAGGAGUAGAAAGGACUGGGAAAAUAAAUGGUGUGGCUGGGCAUGCUGUCCAUGGAUCCUGUGAUAAAUGGGAUGAAGUUCAAUCAUUGGAGGCAAGCAGAAGUGGCAAUGGUGUGAUUUCAAAUGAAGAGAGCAAGAAGUUGCUGGUGGAUCCUUCGAUACUAAAGGUGGUAGACAUUGAGAGACACAUGUACAUGUCAGUAGCUCCUGAUCCUGAUGUAGUGAUACGAAGUUCUGGGGAGACCCGCCUCAGCAACUUCCUACUUUGGCAGACUAGUAACUGCCUGUUGUAUUCUCCAAAUGCAUUAUGGCCAGAUAUGAGGUUGUGGCACUUGGUGUGGGCAGUAUUGGACUUCCAGCGCAGCCAUUCUUAUUUUGAGAAGAAAAAGAAGCAGUUGUAA